AUGUCGGCCGGGGGCGAGCAUCUCAAAGAUGAAGGCACCAAGCGACAGGUCGUAUUAGCCGGCGGCAUUGCAGGGCUAAUCUCACGGUUCUGUAUUGCGCCGCUGGACGUCGUUAAGAUCAGGUUGCAGUUGCAAAUCCAUUCCUUAUCAGACCCUGCGUCCCACCACAGUGUCAAAGGACCUAUUUAUAAGGGGACAUUGUCCACCAUGCGGACGAUCAUGAGGCAAGAGGGAAUCACUGGCCUCUGGAAAGGUAAUAUUCCUGCCGAAAUGAUGUAUGUCUGCUACGGAGCCAUUCAAUUCACCGCGUAUCGGGGAACAACCCAAGCCCUCGCUCAACUCGGCUCCUACCGACUCCCCCAACCCGUCGAAUCCUUUCUCUCGGGUGCAUUGGCAGGCGGAUGUGCCACAGGAGUAACAUACCCGCUUGACCUUCUCCGCACGCGAUUCGCCGCACAAGGCCCGGACCGCGUGUAUGGCUCUCUGCGAGCCUCAAUUGUGGAAAUCGCUCGACACGAGGGCGCACCAGGAUUCUUCCGGGGAUGUUCUGCGGCUGUGGUGCAAAUUGUGCCAUACAUGGGACUAUUUUUCACGGCAUAUGAGGCACUCAGACCUGUGAUGACCUGGGAUGUUCUGCCGUUGGGUACAGGGGACGCUGCAGCCGGUGUGGCGGCCAGUGUCCUGGCUAAGACAGGUGUUUUCCCAUUAGACCUCGUGCGUAAACGCUUGCAAGUACAGGGUCCAACAAGGACCCGCUACGUUCAUCGCAAUAUCCCGGAGUACAAGGGAGUUUUCCAAAGUAUGGCCAUGAUUGUCCGCACCCAGGGCGUGCGUGGUAUGUACCGCGGCUUGACAGUCAGUUUACUCAAGGCGGCGCCGGCAAGUGCGGUGACAAUGUGGACUUAUGAGCACACAUUGAAAAUCCUUCAAGAGCUCAAUGUCGCAACUGACAGUUGA